ACAAACCAACAUUGCUUUACAAUUGUGUAAUAUUAUAUCAAUUCAAUUCAAACAAUACAUGCUUGGAGCUCCUAAAGGUGAUUAUUUAGCUAGUUGUUAAUCAGGUUCACGUGCGCACUAGUUAACAUGACAUUCACCUCAUGGGUAGUUUAUUUGCUCGUGACACAAAUGACGAGCUUAAUGUUACGACAGUGCGAGUCGUUUCCUUCUACCUGCCUCCGGUGAGCAGUUUCACCGUCACCCGUCGAACGGGCUUUCUCCCUCCAGCCUCUGCGUGCCUCCGUCACACGGUGAGGAGACUCACGUUACAAGCAGGAAGUAGAAGAAAAAAGGGAGACAGCAGCGCACGAAAAGCAGGAAGUAAACGCUCUCGGAUCGAAUUUGGAGCAUCUUUCUUUGCCGUAAAGUGAAAGUAGAGCUGUCGACAGCUCGAGUAACGACACUGAGGGCGCAGCGGCUGUGCUAGGGAAGUUAGCCGUCAAGCUAGUUCCUCCACCGACUAGUUGUCUCAACAACAGCUCGACAGCAAAACAAGGUGGAGGAAGACAAGAGUUAUUCCUCUUAUCCCCAGAAUUAUUAUCGGCCCCCAUGGACCACAAGGGGGAACCCCGAGAAGAAGCCAUGGGACUGAAACUUGAGGAGCUGCCGCAGAUGGACGGAUUGUGUGACGCGUGCGAGCCUGACGAGGCCCAACCGGCCACACAAGUGUGCCACACCUGCAGCUUUGCCUUCUGCCCUGUCCAUGCCGACAGACAUUCCAGCAGCACACAUCACCCCCUCAUGCCGUACGACCACGAGGGGACACGAGCUAACGGACUUCGUACUGACGGAGACUCCAGGGUUGGAGAUGGAUCUGAGGAUGAGCCUCUUGCGGAGAGGCCAGCUGGAAGUUACGGCAAUCAGGAGAUGGGGCAGGUCGGCUCGGCGACGGCAAAUGGCGCCGAGGGUGACGAUGCCGGCGGAAGAGAAGGAGCCAAGAGUGAUCCGCAUCCGGAGGCCGUGCCGGGUGACGGAGCUGAGGGUGCAGAAGCGGGGCAGGAGGCCUUGGCCAAUGGAGAGGCUGGGAAGAGGGACACCGUGACGGUCGAGAGAUUGCGCUGCAAGGAACAUAAACAGGAAGGUUCCCUCUACUGUAAACCGGAUGAGAAGAUCAUCUGUGUUGUGUGUGCCGUGCAGGGCGAGCACCGUGAGCACGAGAUCAUCACCCUGCACGAGGCCUACGUGUGGCAGAAGAGCAGGCAGGGGUAUGACCUGCUGGGCUGUACACGACAGAUGUCUGAGAAGAUCACGAGCAAGUGGACCAACCCCGAUAUGUCAACGGAGGAGCUCGAGGCCUAUGUGAACAUUCAGUUUGAUGAGCUCCGCAAUCUGGUGUGUCUGGAGGAGAAGAGGACCCUUCACCUGGUGGACCUCAAAGAGGCCUUCCUGACCGCAUCCGCCGCUGAGAAAAUCGCAGAGAUCUCCCUCGAAACCGAGCGCCUGCAGGAAGAGAUGGCCAACAUCACACACCAGCUGUGCCUGCUGGAGCGGGCGGAGUCGAUGGGUCCUGCGAUGGCAGCAGUGGCCCUCGCAGCAGGACCAGCCCGCCGAGUGCCGCGCGACAUUGAAGCCAGGCCAAGGUUUCCCGAGCCGAGGGCAGACCCCCUGAACCCACGGAACCUUGACGACAAUGAUUCAGGACCUUCGAUGGGCCACGCCCCCUGAGACCAGCCGACCAGACGCCCGCUACAUUCCCCCGUCCUUCAGCGUUUACUCCGGCCAGCCAUCAGCCCCGUCGAGCGGUCAGGCUGGCCCUCUCUUUCUCCGUCAGCCGCCUCUCGCCCCUCCCCCUCUCGCUGCCUGCUGGCAGCGGGCUGACCUUGAAGGGGGUUGGUGUGACACAUAUGGAUGGCCACCUCCUUUCUGUGCUCCAAACUUUUUAACUUUUUUUCUUUCUCACGACCUACUAACUUUCUUUGAUUGAAGCUCUCACGUUUGUGCAAUGAAUUAGCGUCAGGCUCAAUCAGUCCGACCCCCAGCUGAUUGGGAGAGGAGCAUCUGUUAAGCCUGAUGUCAGAAAUGGGGAAUUAGGUUCUCUUCACACUUCAUUUAUGCACAUUAUCAUUUUUGUCAUCGUUUUUUUUUCUAUUCAGACCUCCAUGAGACAUAAAAUGUAAACUUUUGUCAGAUGCCGAAAUGCCUUACGUCAUCGAGAGAUUAUUACAAAGUUGUACUCUGUGUUAGGUUCUGAUUGUAAGAAGGAAAAAAAGCAAAGGGAAACCUACGUGUGCCUCGUUUAUGUUUUAUAAUGUUGUACUUUCCAUCAUCCUGUUGCCUUCACCCUCGGCCCGACCCGCUGAUUCUUUGUGUGGAUAUUUGAGCGGACUUCCUUGUGCUUGUCAGAUCCAUUAUGAGCAGAGCGGACAUAUUGUGACACCUAUUGAUCGGUGAAUGUUGCUGAUUCUUUGUUAUAUUAUAAUUUGACUGUGCAAAAUAUCCCUCCAGCAGUAUGAGCUUUCUACGCCCUGUGACGUAGAGGCUGGUUACUGCGGGCCGAGUGUGUGCACGCUGACCCUCGAGCCGCUCGGCCGCGGCGUUCAUUCGCGACGUCCAGGGCAGUCCGUGUCAGCAGUUUGUUUUUAACGGGUUUCAUUCUGUGGCCUUGAAUUCCAAAGUGAAGGUGGUGUCACUCAUCAUACGUGGGACAUGUUUGACAUCCACAUGACUCCACUGUGCUGGAGCAUCGCACUAAAAACCACAGAGACGUACACAAACACCCGAGGGAAAUGUGUGUGUCAACUGCCGAGUGAAAUAACUCCGUACGGCUCCGUCUUUAUUCUCGUGUCACAACCGUCUCCUGACUGUCUAAUGUGUCUUCUUGAUUUUAUUUGUCUCUUUUUGUCUUAAAUCUACAAAAUAAAAGCCAGUUUCUGAGAUUGGAUGUUGAACACGA